AUGCAGGCAGCUGCGACCGACUCGUCGGACAGCGACGAAGACUUCGACGUCUUCCAACGAGCACCUGCUGGCUACGAAUGUAUCCCCGUCAACGACGCCUGGCCGCCCUCUGCGAGAUACGAGUCCCCUUCCAUCGCUGCUCUGCCGCCGAUCCCUUGCAGGAACUCCGUCACGGUGUUGGAGGAUGUAGUUCCAGAGGAGCUUGCAGACCAAGUCUACAAGUUCGCCAUGGAAGAGAAGGAGGGGAAGCCUUGGGGUCUCUACCUGCACACUAGCGACAUCCUGCACUGCCAGGAGGCGACGCAAGAGUUGAGGUUGGCUGCCGCCUGCGUGAAGCAUCUGUGGUGUGACUACCAUAUCGACUUCGCGGAGUUUCAACGCUAUCAGCACAACGUCAUCUUUUUCCCCAUGUAUUCAGCGACCAUUCACCUGGGGCGCGCAGACUGUGAGGGAGGAGAGUUCCUGGCGAACCGAGAUGGACUGUCGCACUAUGUGCGGACCGGAUACAAGGGGGCACAUGUGGGAGGAGCGAACGCAGUAGAGGAUGAGUACACGGAGGAAGAGGAGGCGAAGAACUGGCAGAGGGUGGAGUACAAGUUCAACAGGAGCAUCAUCAUCGACGGGUCUCUUCCCCACUGCAGGUACAACUCCAUUGACCCGGAUCCAAAGUGA